GAGAUUAGUCGUGGGAAAUAAAAUUAAAAUAUCCUGACAAAAAAAAAAUUGAAGAGUGAAAACACGUUUCAGUAGUCAAGACGAAACUGUGGCGCUGCCGCCCUAUCAGCACCUUUUUGAAAGCUCCCCACCGCGCCCUUCACGGCCCACUCCUCUUCCCGAGACACAAACCGCCGCUUAUAAAUAACCCUAAAAAGAGCCAAAUUCGAAAAAAAGUACCAAAAACUCAACAGAAUGGACGUGAUUGAUCAGAACCAAGAGGAGGAUCCUCCAAUGGCGAUAGAAGACAGUGACAAUGCAAUCGAAGACGACGUGGAAGAUGAUGAUGAUGGAGAAGACGAAGAAAAUGCUUCAGAGAAUGAAGAAGAAGGAGAAAAAGAUACAGUUGUGGAUGAAGAUCAGUUCAUGUUUAGAGAAGGAACGAAUCCUUUAGAUUUAAUACAUAACAAUGAUUCCGGUAUUCAAUUGUACCAGAGAUUACAACAGUACGAAGCUGAAGCUAACAAAAAGCGAAAAGCACCCGAAGAACAAUGCCACCGUGAAGGGACUUCUUCUAAGAAGGCAAGGGAAGAUGAUACUUCUAGUGUAUGCCUAGCUGAUAUGGUGGUAUACAUGAAUUUUGAACAGGGCAAGAGAUCAAAAAGGAAGCGGUCUAAAAAAAGAGGUAGGCAAAAAGGAUCAAAGAAGAAAAUUGACGAAAAGCUAUCGCAAAUGUUGGGUGAUGCCUACCUUCACUAUGCAAAUCGACGUUAUGAGACGGCUAUAUCUGUAUUACAUGAAGUUGUCAGGCUGGAAUCAAAUUUACCUGAGUCGUAUCACACACUUGGACUUGUCUACAAUGCAAUUGGGGAUUACGAAAAAGAAAUGGGUUUUUACAUGAUUGCUGCUCAUUUGACUCCAAAAGAUUCAUCGCUUUGGAAAAGGCUCUUUGCGUGGUCCAUAGAACAAGGUGAUAUUGGUCAAGCCAAUUAUUGCAUUUCAAAAGCCAUAAAAGCAGACCCCGAAGAUAGUACUCUUAGAAGUUAUCGAGCAAGGCUUCUUGCUGAAAGCCAAGAUUAUCCAAAAGCUGCUGCAGCAUAUGAACAAGUAUAUCAACUUCAUCGUGAAAAUGUUGAUGCACUAAAAGCAGCAGCUAAGUUCUACCAAAAAUGUGGUCAAGUUGAACGCUCAAUUUCCAUUCUUGAAGACGAUCUGAAGAGUAAACCAGAUGGAGUAAAUGCAAGUGUAGUUGAUCUACUUAGUGCCAUAUUGAUGGAAAUGAAGGCACACGACAGAGCUCUUCAGUACAUAGAACAAUCUCAAGUGGACGGAAAAGAAUUGCCCUUAAAUUUGAAAGCCAAAGCUGGAAUCUGCCAUGUUCAUCUUGGAAACUUGGAAAUGGCUGAGGUUUUCUUUAAUGAUUUGAAAUCAGAGAAUGCAAGCAAGCAUGUUGAGUUGAUCACCGAAGUUGCAGACUCAUUAAUGGGUCUUGGACAUUAUAAUUCUGCAUUGAAGUAUUUUAAGAUGCUGGAUGGAAAUAGUAAACAAGAAACUGGUCUUUUGUAUUUGAAAAUUGCUAGAUGUUAUCAAUCCUUGGGAGAAAGGAAACAAGCAAUUAUCUAUUUUUACAAAGCCCUAGAAACACUACAAGAUGAUGUUGAAGCGCGCAUAAGUUUGGCAUCCCUGCUAGUUGAGGAAGGGCAAGAAAAUGAAGCCAUUUCCUUGCUAUCUCCUCCAAAGGAUUCUGACUCUGGUGAGGCACAUUCUGAAAAGUCAAAUAGAUGGUGGGUUGAUGUGAGAAUAAAACUUAAGCUCUGUAACAUAUUUCAGACUAGAGGGAUGCUUAAUGAUUUUGUGGAUGUAAGUUUCCCUUUGGUACAUGAAUCACUGCGUGUUGCAACUCCUAGACGGAAGAGCAAAUCAGGCAAAUCAGGCAAAUCACACAGGCGCCUCCCCAAAAGUGUUCUGGUUGAAAGGGCAAGUGUACGGGAAGGUCCAAAAACAAAUAGCGUGUUUCAUGGAUUCAGGCCCCCAGCUCCUACAUCUGAUCUGUUGAAAGCUGCCAGGGCAAAAAAGUUGCUCGAGAAAAAGGCAAGUGAAAAGGAGAAAAAAAAAGCCGAGGCAGAGGCCUCUGGAAUUGACUGGUUAAGUGAUGAUUCAGAUGAUGAGCCUCAGAUACAAAACACGGAAUCUCCCUUGUGUAAUCUUCACAAAGAUGAAAAAUAUCACCAGCUAAUCAUUGAUUUGUGCAAUGCAUUAGCAUCCUUACAAAGGUAUGGGGAAGCAUUGGAGAUUAUCAAUCUCACUCGACAUACUUCUCUGUCUGCUGAGAAGAAUGAGAAGCUUCUAUCUCUUGGAACUCAAAUGGCAUACAACACCACAGAUCCUAAACAAGGUUUUGUUUGUGUAAAACACAAUGUUCUAGAACAUGCACAGAGUGUUGCUGCUUGGAAUUCCUACUACAAGGUCAUAUCAAGAUUGGAAAACCGAGAUACAAGACACGACAAAUUUUUACGUAAUAUGCAAGGAAAAUUCGUAGAUUGUGUGCCUCCUAUCCUCAUUUCUGCGCAUCAGUUUACUGUAUGUAGCCAUCAUCAAGAUGCAGCAAGGAAAUACCUUGAAGCUUAUAAACUUUUGCCCGAGAAUCCAUUGGUUAAUCUUUGUGUUGGAACGGCCUUGAUCAACUUGGCACUGGGUUUCAGACUUCAAAAUAAGCAUCAGUGUGUUGUACAAGGUUUAGCAUUCCUCUACAAUAAUUUGAAGAUCUGUGCAAACAGCCAGGAAUCUUUAUUCAACAUAGCUCGGGCAUACCAUCAUGUUGGUCUUAUAACACUGGCAGCAAUAUAUUAUGAGAAGGUGAUUGCUAUGAGCGAAAAAGACUAUCCAAUUCCAACACUUCCGAACGAGAAAAUUGAUGUCAUUGAAAAUCAUAAACCUGGUUACUGCAACCUUCGCAGAGAGGCAGCUUACAAUCUGCAUUUAAUCUACAAAAGAAGUGGGGCUCUUGAUCUUGCUAGGCAAGUUCUGAAAGAUCACUGUUCCGUUUGAGAUUGCACGAUCCUUACAAACUGCACAUCAUCUUCAGGGUUUUAUAUGGAAUUCUAUUAUGUAUUCACAAAAUUAGAUACAUGUAGUGCUGCAAUAUUUUUUUUUUUUUUGUUGCUAUAUGCAAUAUAUUUAUUUAGUAUAUGGUCUCUGCUUCAGGGCUAUAAUAACAGUAUUAUUGCUAUUAAGUUUCAGUUUAGUUAAUCGGUAUUUAUACUCAUUAAUUUUCUCCCA